AUGCAGCUCUCUCUCCCUGUCGCAGUGUCACUCAAGAGCAACUUGACCACUUCUGGCUGUGGAACAGAGCGUCUGUGUGCGGCUGAGCCCAGCGGCUGUGACCCUGCGUCUGGAUCCUGCUUUCACACCAGCGUGAAGAGAAUUGGUGGUUUCAACCACAACUUUGGGUUGGCCGGAGAAAGUGACGGUUACUUGGCUUGUGCUCUGGGGCCACCAAAUGGAGGAACGCAGACGGUGUAUGUGUGUGUUAACAGAAAUGGCAUAGUUACUUUCCGCAGCGUUUCACUCACAAAUGGAGUUUUUACAAAUAUCAAGACACCGGUGACAAACGUGAAAGCCAAGGUGACCGGCAGAAGGAUCCAGUGUGAAUUUUCAGCCACAAUCCCCAAUGCAACAUCAACAAACAGAGCAGCAGACUCUACGUACACACUGGGCGUGCUGACUGGAUCUGUUGCGGCCGAUGGAACUCUGGGUACACCUACUACACAUGUGAGGACAGCCCCAGUGGAUCUCACCAACCCAGCGGCCAACACCAACAACACCGUGUCCACCACCACUGCCCCCACCACCACCGCCGGGACUGCUCCCCUGCAGUCUCUGUCCAAUGCUCUCCUGAUCGUUUUUGGCGUUCUGAGUGUCUCUUGGCUGUGA